AUCUGUGCGCCGCCGAUCCACCGGCUUCGUGUAAUAGCUGAAAAUAUGGAAAACAUGUCUACGUUUCUUGAAAUUGAUCAAUAAACCUACGUAUCGACUACUUUAAGUCUUGUCUUAUUAUAUUUAGAUAAUAUAUUAGGUUAGAGUUAUUGUUUUUAUCGUUUUGUGAUCCACGUGGAGCACAUUGAUCGAUGACUCUCCGCACUUAAGCGACGCAGAUCAGUUUGUGUUGUAGUGGACAUCAGUGACUUUACAGUUCGUGUAGGAUCUGGACCAAGAUGAAGUGUCACUAUGAGGUGUUGGGCGUGAAAAGAGACGCGACAGACGACGAUCUCAAAAAGGCCUAUCGGAAAUUAGCCUUGAAAUGGCACCCAGACAAGAACCUUGACAACGCAGAAGAUGCUGCAGAGCAGUUUAAACUGAUUCAGGCUGCAUAUGAUGUCCUGAGCGAUCCCCAAGAAAGAGCCUGGUAUGAUAACCACAGAGAUGCUCUACUGAAAGGUGGUGUCGGAGGAGAGUACCAGGACGACAGUAUUGAUCUUUUGCAGUACUUCACAGUCACCUGUUACUCAGGUUAUGGAGAUGAUGAGCAGGGCUUUUACGCUGUAUACAGAAACCUGUUUGAAUCUAUAGCAAAAGAGGAGCGGGAACACAGUAAAGAUGAUGAAGAGGAUGAAGACGAGUUUCCUUUAUUUGGAGAUUCACAGAGCGACUACGACACUGUGGUCCAUUUGUUCUACGGCUUUUGGCAGAGCUUCUGCACACGCAAAAACUUUGCAUGGAAAGAAGAGUACGACACGCGGCAGGCGUCUAACCGCUGGGAGAAGAGAGCCAUGGAGAAAGAAAAUAAGAAAACAAGAGAGAAGGCCAGAAAAGAACACAGCGAACUUGUACGCCAACUAGUGGCCUUCGUCCGUAAACGCGACAAGCGAGUUCAGGCCCAUAAGAAGCUCGUGGAAGAGCAAAACGCUGAGAAGGCCAAAAAAGUAGAAGAACUGAGGAGAAAACAGAAACUCAGUCAGGCCAAGUUGGCAGAAGAGUAUCGGGAGCAGAGCUGGCACGCCAUGUCUGAACUUGAGAAGGAACUGCAGCAGAUGGAGGCUCAGUACGGUGAAGAGUUCGGAGAUGCAUCAGAAAGUGAAGAGGAGGAGGAGGAGGAGGUGGUUGAAGAUGGACAGGAUAGGCCCGAUACAGAGACGGGAGAUGCUGCCGUGGAGAUGGACGACUACUACGAUGACCUGUAUUGCCCUGCCUGUGACAAAUCUUUUAAAUCAGAUAAAGCUAUGAAGAACCAUGAGAAGUCCAAGAAGCACAGAGAGAUGGUGGCGUUGCUACGACAACAGCUGGAGGAAGAAGAUAAAUCGCUGAAUCAGAACUCUGCUGAGAAAGAUGAGGAUGAUGAUGAUGAUGAAGAUGAAAUCAGUGACACGCCGAGACAAAAAUUGUCUAAAAGGCAAAAGAAGAAGAAAAGGCAACAGAGAACAGUAAAUAAUCUUCCGGAGGAGCCCGAGAAUGAAAGCUCAAUCCCACAGUCCACAGAAGAGUGUCCACCAUCCGAGUCAGAUUCGGGCAACAACAAGGACGCCCCUGUCCCCUCUGAGGACCCAGAUGAGAAUCUCAAACCAGAUGAACUAGAACCCAAAACUCAAAAAAGCUCUGCCAAGACGAAAGCCAAAAAAGGCGGGAAAGACUCAAAAAAGAACAACAAAACUCACGGAUGUGUUGAAGUUUCGCAAGAGAAGGAAGUCAAUCUACGCUGUGUUACCUGUCAGUACGAAUUCCCCACCAGGAACAAACUUUUCGAUCAUCUACAGACCACGGGUCACGCCACUGCGCUCUCGUCCAGUAACGCUGCCCAAACAAGCAGGAAAAAGAAGGAAUCAAGAAAGAACCGAUAACUGUGAGAACAUCUGGACUGAUGCUAAAGACUGAAGCUCAUUCAGGCUGUACAUUCUUCCCCCACGAAAACCUCUACUGCAUAGAUGUACACUGAAAGUGUCCGAGAAGGAAUCGGUUCUGUCUGUAAAGUAAUUCGUGCCCUGUGGGUUGAUCAUCAUGCCAUAUGCCUAAAGAUUUUUGGAUAAAAGCCAAAUUAAUUUAUAAUGUAACUACUUGAUGUUUGCUGGUACCUCUGAGCUGUAGGAGAAUGAGAUUUAAACAUUUUGGAUUUGACAGUGCAUAUCUACUCCUUGUUUUUAGGGGACUGAAUGUCAUUUUUUUCUCGCUGAUAAAGUUUGCACGUUUUAUGGCACGUGUGUGUUAUUACUGUAGCUGUAUAGUAAUCAUUUCUGAUUGGACAAGAUCUGCAUAAGACAUAGCGUGAGAAAUAAAAUGAUGCUGUGGUUUGAACAUAUUUUCGAUAAUAUUACACAGCUUUUGAUUUAA